UUGAAAUUCGCACGUUUCACUCCGGCUCACUUACGUGACCGGAAACUGCGAGAAGGCAUGAGAGCGCAGCAGAAAUGAAUGGGUGUAAAACCUGUUUAUGUUGACACUGUUGUACCCGUAACGUCGUCAUGUUUAGAGUAGACUAACACAUGAAAAGAAAAAGGAAAAAAAAACUCACGGAUUCAGCGAUGGAGUGCGACAUUUUGGACUCGUUAGAGCAGCUUGGCUAUGAUGGUCCUCUGCUGGAUGAGAAGGCGCUGCUCGGAGCCGCGGAGAGUGGCCUGUCCUCUCCCGAGUAUGUGAACCUGUGCAGGUGGCUAACAUCCACGUUAAAGCCGCUGUGUGAUCUGGAGGAGAGCAUUACUUCCGGUCCAGACGACAUGGACAGCCUUCAGGUGGAGAUGAGCGGUUUGCUUAAAGAGCUGCACUGUCCUUAUGACGAACUGGUUUCAGGGAUCAUCAAGGGCAGUGUGCGAAAUACAAAAGAUCAUCUCAAGUUUGUCUUGUUUCUAAGCUCCGAGCUCCAGGCAGCACAGAUUGUGAGGAGCAGAGGAGUUUCCAAAAAACACAAAAAGAAUCCGGUGUGUCAUGAGCUCCUGGCAAUCUGUCAAACACUGAACCUACCAGAGCCCAGAGGACAGGACGCAGCAGGAGUUUUCUCUCAAGUCCGAGACAAGGUUGAUAACGUACUUAAAGAUCUUCCAAAUGAAGCCAUUGAAAACCCAGUGCUAAAGAAGUCUCUAUGCAGUGAACAAUGGGAGAAGUUGCACAGCAUUAACACAGCUCUGUCUUCAGAGUACGAGUGUCGGCGCAGGAUGCUGAUCAAGCGGCUGGAUGUCACAGUUCAGUCAUUUGGGUGGUCGGACAGAGCCAAGGUAAGGGUGGACAGCAUGGCGAGGGCCUACCAGCCUCUGAGACACUCUCUGAGGCCACAGUCCACCGUUGACAUGGCCAAGCUGCUGGCUGCCAGAGAAGACCUCUGCAACGUGGUGAAGACCAGCAGCGGCUCCAGCAGGGAGAAUACGGCUUGUGCUGUCAACAAGAUCCUGAUGGGGAGAGUCCCGGAUAGAGGAGGACGUCCCUCCGAGAUAGAAGCCCCACCUCCUGAGAUGCCACCCUGGCAAAAAAGACAAGAUGGAGGAGGUGGUGGCUGGGGAGGCCGCGGUGGAGGUGGAGGAGGAGGUUGGAGAGGAGGGGGAUGGAACCAAGGAGGACAUGGUGGACAUGGAGGAAAGAGAGGGCGGUACCAGUAUUAAUUUUUACUGACAUUCUCUUGUGUUGGUAUUUUUUUUAAGUGAUCUGGAUGUCAUGUUUGACAUUAACUUUGUUUUCUAUGGAGGGAGGAAACCCUUUUUAUCUGAUGGCAGUGAAAAAUCUCCAUUUAGAUUAAUUAUAAUGCCCCUAUUUUUUACUUUUAUCAGUGUUUCAUUUUGCUUUUUUAAUAUUCUCAUCAGUGUUAAGUGAAAAUACCAUUAAAGGUCCUAUGACAUGCUGCUUUUUGGAUGCUUUUAUAUAGGCCUUAGUGGUCCCCUAAUCCUGUAUCUGAAG